AUGGCUGUGUUUAUCAAGAUCAUCAAAGGCGUUUUCUUUUUCCCCACCAAAGGCUCCUUCAUCACCACCAAAGGUACCAUCAAGAUCAAAUCAAAUUCAAAUGGUAUCAAUGGCUCCUUCUUUCACCUCACUACUAAUGACUUUUUCUUCUUCACCACCAAAAGCCUCUCCUUGCCUCUCCUUGCCACCAAAAGCCUCUCCUCGGCUCUCCUCGCCACCAAAAGCCUCUCCUUGGCUCUCCUCACCACCAAAGCCGAAUCGUUUGCUCUACUUACCACUAUCACCAAUAAAUAUGGUUAUUGGGUUGAGUUGGCUUUAGAAGCACUGUUUGAUAUUGAAGUUGAGUUUGAGUCUAGUAUGGAUGAAGAUAAGAUGAAAAGUAAAAGUUGA